AUGAGCGACGCAGAAGAAAGCCAGGAACCCCAAGAACCCCCGGGGUUCUUCCGCGGAAGUAUGGGCACAGCUGAUCUGCUGCUUCAAGCUCUCGAGCAGGACUACCAGCUUACUUGUGCUGCUGGGGCCUCCAAAGGCUCUGAGGGGGCUCUGGGGGGGGCAGCUGACCCCGAGCUGCUGCAUGCACUCAGCCCCCCCUCGGAAGCUGCUGCUGCUGCUGCUGCUGCUGCUGCCGCUGCAGCUGCUGCAGGCGACCUCUGGGAGGAGCCCGAAGAAGGCGAACUGCAGUGUACGUACACCGCGCUGCCCGCAGCAGCAGACGCCGCGCAGCCAGCGGGCCCAGAAACCCCAGAAGCUGUUUCGCCCGCACACUGGAGCCAAGUGCAGCAGCAGCAGCAGCAGCAGCAGCAAGAGGGCGGGCGUCACAACAGCAGCAGCAAAAGGACGGACAGCGAGGAAGGUGCGCUUCCUGAGGAAGCAGCAGCAGGAACAGCAGCAGCAGCAGGAACAGCAGCAGCAGCAGCAACUGCUGCUGCUGCGGCAAGCUGCGCCGCGGAGCACCCCUCCCCGAGGAGAUUUCCAUCAAAAACCCUUACGAAGUCUCCACCACGUAAAGCAGCAGCAGCAGCAGCAGCAGCGGCGGCAACAGCAGCAGCGGCAACAGCAGCAGCAGCAACGGCAGCGGCAGCAGCCGCUGCUGCAGUACAGGUGGCGACGCAGAAGCUGCUGCUGCAGCCAGAGCAGAAGCAGCAGCAGCAGCGCCAGCAGCAGCAGCAGCGGCAGCAGCAGCAGCAGCGGCAGCAGCAGCAGCCGCAACAGCAGCAGCAGCGUUUUGCUGGGAAGCCGUCGCGGGGGUGUGGGCCUCCCCGUGUCAUUUGUUAA